GCUAGAACCCGGUUUGGGGUUAGUGUCCCCCCCCCUCUGGCUGCCGCGCGACGAGCUCGCGUAGCGCCGUGCGGUCACGUAGGAAUCGACGAGAGUGCCUUCCUCCGAUUCUCCAUCUAUUGAUCAUCAACUGGCUGCCCUUCACUCAGCAGUGCCACACUGUGCAAUCAAUCAGGAAUGGAGGGCCAACGCAUCACGCUGGACCCCACAGCACAUACCUCAUUCGCAGAACGCCUCGCCGCGGCGGAGCGCGCGCGCGCCGGGCGCGGCGCCGCGCCGGACGACGAGGGCGAGCGCAAGGGCGCGACGACGCUGUUCCUCUACGGCGCGUUGCUGGUCGCCUGCGCGGCCGUCGCGGGGCAGACCGAGUUCGACGAGGCCCUGGAGCGUGUCGCGGCGGACGCCGUCCUCAAACUCGCGCACGGCGGCGGCGUCGCGAUCGUCUGCGCGUUCUCGCUGCACCGCAGCGAAACGCGGCCCGGGCGCAGACGAGGCGUCCAGUCCAACGCCGCGAAGUACCUGCUCUGCGCCCUGGGCGCGAACUUCGCGUGGCGCGCGUACCGGCUCCGGGGCGCCGCGCCGCUCGACGAAGAGGGAGAGGUGCCCGAGGCGGCCCAGGCGCUCGCGGCCGUCAUCCUGCUCCUGGGCCUCGUGGGGCUGCUGGCUUCUUGCUUCGAGGGCGCGGGCCAGCAGCGCGACCGGCGCCGGCGCGCGAUCGCCGAGUACUCGCGGCGGGCGAAGGUCGAGUAA